AUGCGAGUUCCCAUUGGCUCAUGGAAAAUAGUGGGAGGUGCGUGCCUUGUAGGCGAGCCCAACAAUCUGGUUGUUGAUGCCGUGCCCACUGUGGAUGAGAAAGGAGUUCAAACCAUGCUGGUCACAGGGCCAAGCUCAGGGCUCUGCCGGUGGCUUACGGGCCGUGUUCAAUUGCACAACGAGAUGAAGGCGGCCUGGGAACAGGCGCUUUCGACAGAAAAGUCCCAACACAGCUGGUGGCGUCUGUGGCAGCGGUUAACGCUCUGGCUGAAGGAAUUCCCUUCGCCCCAGAUCAUAGCCACGGUGACUUACUUCGAUUUUUCUGAUGGCGACAAGAGUUCAUCGCCGACUCCGUGGUUUACGGCAAUGUUCGCGUACGAAUCCCCGCCUCCUGCUGAGAGUUUCGGCGUGUUCAGUCACCUUGAGGAGAGUUUCGUGGUUUUUCCCGGUGCUGCCCCAAAAGAAGUUACGCUGCUUCUGAACCCGUCUCCUACGUUCAAUACGGUACUGCCACAAGAAGAACAACCCACCAUUGUACCGGACAUGAACGAUGUUUUCAGCUUCUUUGGGCAAAAUAUGGAACGUGCAGAACACACACGUGCGGCCUUCCGCGUCGACUAUGACGAGAUUGUAACCACCCCAAUUACGUUCAACUUGAAACUCGCAGACUUCUGGAGUUUCGGAGGAGACUGCAUGAUACAAGGAAACUUUGUUAUCACAUGGGACGAAGCCAGCACACCAUGCUUACAUAUUCACCAGGCUACCAUGAACCUUGUGACAGCGUAUCUCGCAGAUAAGAUCGAGGCCAUAAAAUUCACUGCACGAGGCAUCGAUUUCUUCAGGAAUGUUGUGCCGGGCGUCGCGGCGGUUGUUGAAAAGCCUCCUUUUAGGGCACCUGGCGGCACGCCCUUGUUGGACUGGACCAACAAAAUGGUGUAUCUGGGAUUUUUGACCGAUCCUCUUCUUAAGAGAAAGUUUUCUCGUGCGAAGAAGAUUCUAUCACACAUCCGCUGGCAAAUGGCUGCAAGUGUAGCUGAGGGCAUUUUGAAUCCAGGAGUGUUUUUCGGUCCUCCCUCGUAG